AUGCCCCGGAACCUCACGGAGCUCCCUGCAGAGAUAAUAAACGUCAUCACCAGCUACCUCCGAAAUAGAGAUAUAAAGACCCUGCGGUUAACGUGCAAACUACUCUGCAACACAGUCGAGCUCCGUUUGAAUCACGUCUUCCUGUCCGCGAACCCCCUCAACAUUGCCGUCUUUCUCGCCAUUGCGAACAGUGAGACAUUCCGACAUGGAGUCCAGGAGAUCAUCUGGGACGACGCUCGCUUCUAUAACCUUCCGGAUGCCGUCCCGUUUAAUGAGCCCGAUAAAGAGAGCGGGUGCCCCGAGUGGUUCGUCAGUCAAUGCAAGGAAAACAUUGAGAAUCGGUGGAUGCGCAAGGGCCCCAACAUCGAUCGGCACAUUGACCGUGCCAAGCAAAUCGCCGCCAAGAGCGGGAUGACGAUGCAGCAAAGCUGGCAGUAUUUCCAGACCCUAUGCCAACAGCAAGAGGAUGUGAUCCGGUUGAACAAGGACGCCGAGGCCCUUGCGUACGGCCUCCGCCGGCUUCCUGCCCUAAAGAGGGUAACCAUUACGCCUGCGGCCCAUGGCUGGAUCUUCGCACCACUGUACGAGACACCCAUGAUUCGCGCAUUUCCAGAGGGCUUCAACUACCCGAUCCCGCGUGGUUGGCCGCAUAUUCCCGGCGGGGAUUUGAAGCCCCAGCCGGGGCAGUGGGAGAUUGAAGGAGUACGCGAAGAGUUUCGCGGCUUUGGCAUCGCCACGCGCGCUCUCGCCGAAUAUCCGCAUCACCAAGUCUCGGAGUUUGUGAUCGACGUCAAUGGCCUCGACACCGGUCUCGAUUGCAGCGUUUUCAAAGAGCCAUGUGCCGAGUACGACGACUUUGCAACUCUACUCGGCCAUCCAGGCUUCACGCGGCUGGACCUUGCCCUUCUCGUCAACACCAUGGGGCUCCACCGCUGGCUGUCUUUCCACACAACCCACCUCCACCGCGCACUCUCGGCGGCCCACGCUCUCCAACACAUCAGCUUGCACACAACCGUCGCGCCAGACCCGCGCGCGCAACCCACCCCCCUGCGCACCGUGUUCCCCGCCGAAAACUGGCCCUCGCUCCGCCACUUCCAGCUCUCCGGUCUGAUCGUCGACAAGGACGAUCUCGUCGCCUUCCUAGCGACCCUCCUAACACGCACCCUGCGCUCCGUCCACCUCGGCUUCCUGUAUUUCCCCGAGGGACGCGGGUCGUGGCGGGCGCUGCUUGACGACAUGCGCGACAAGCUGGACUGGCGGGCGGCGGCAAACGAGAAGGAUCUGGCCGACCGCCGACGCAGGGUUAGAGUCACUCUGGCCACGCCGACACGGGACUACCAGAUCGGGCAUGCGGUGUGGAUCGAGGAAGAGGUGCAGGCGUUCUUGUACGGGAAUGGGGUGAAUCCGUUCUCGCCUGGCAGCGAGGAUACAAUAUCUUCUGGGUUUGGGGUUGUGCGCGAUAGCUUUGAGCCGGCGGAGUAG